AUGAUAACCAGUCGCUCGAGCCACCACAGCAGCAUGACAGCAGAAAACGCCGAAGACCACACAACGAAAGGGUUUGCGUAUCAGUAUCCACGACCAGAUGAAUAUCCGAAUCUGAUGCGUAUGGCAACAAGACAAUGCAGUUUGUUGCUAGCUUCAUCCAGCAUCUUUCGGAGGGAGCUCUUCGCGAAGGCUGCAAUUCCCAUCGGGGCCUUCUCGGUCCCGCUGGACGAAGGCGACGUGCAGACGUGGCUGGAGGAAAAGCAUCCUGAAGUAACGGCGGACACACGAACGCUACUUAUAGCCCAUUUGAAAGCAGAUGCAGCAAUACAAGCGCUUAAAAUGCCGGACACGCAGCACCUGCAGGAGCUCCGCCUGCAGAAUCAAAUUCUGAACGUCCCCGAAGCCGAGAGACUGCCCCUUCUUCAGGAGGCGGAGAGAGUGGCGAGACGCAGCGGCCGAGCUGCGGCAGCAGUAGCCCAGCUGGCGUCCUUCACGAAAUCAUGUAUGGCGUUGGAGGCUGCGGACGGACGACUGCCUGUCUUGAUGGCGGUAGACACAGGGAUUCAAUUCAAGGGAAAAAUUUUGUUCAAACCCAAAGAUAAAGAGGAAGCUGCGAGUUUUCUCGAGAGUUACUCAGAAGCAGAUGCCCCAAUAGUCGUGACCACCAGUGUUGUUCUUUGUGACCUAGUGUAUGAACUGGAGGCGCAGUCGAGGAACCCGAAUUCACCGAUGCCAGCAAAGAAAGAGUUGCCGCACAAAUGUAGAGCGUGCAGCAAAUUCCAGUAUACAGAGCCAAGUGACGACCCAGACCCUUGCACUUGCCCAUAUACAGUGGUUCAUGCAGCAGAUAUUUUGUGUUCCACGGGGGGCCCAAAGUCGUAUCACUACCACUCGCGAGAGAUGUUCUCUUGUCAAUCCCAGGUGGCUCUCAGCAAGAUGGACAAAGAGGCCCGAAGGCGCAUUUUGGAAGAGGGCGACGUUAUGUAUUCAGCAGGAGCCCUCCUAAUUGAGAAGGGCGAAAUGGCAAAGCACAUUAAAGGCAUCUCGGGAUGCCCACACAACGUCAUCGGCGUCCCACUUGGUCGGGUAGAAGAGAUGCUAUCGCUCCUCAUUGGACGAAUGGAGAGUCGAUGA